CUUUUUAGUAUGCAGCGAUGUCGAACUUUUGAAACUCAUUCAAAUAAAAGACUCUUACAAUUUUUACAAUAGAGAUUUGCUGCUGCCUGAUGGUGGAAUUUCUCAUGAUUCUGUUAAACAUAUAUUAGGAGUACACAGAGAUGAAAAAUAUAAAAAGCUACGAAGUAUUCUUAGUACUUGUUUCACUACAGGAAAAAUUAAAAUGACGACUACUCUAAUCUCUUCACCGAUAAAAGUCUUUCUAAGAAAUGUCCAGAAGCAAGGAGAUCAAUCGUUUGAUAUUUCAACGUUGUGUAAAAAAUUGGUGUUUGAUAUCGUCUGUACUUCAGUUUUUGGCGUAACCACAAAUGUUCAGAAUAAUGAAACUAGUAAAUUUGUUAAAUCUGUUCAUAUCGCAUUUUCAAUUGAUUCUACUGAUUUUUUAGCUGCAAUAACAAUCUGUUUCCCGCAAAUGGCGCCAAUAUAUACGUUUCUUCGACAUAAAAUAGAUAGUUUAAAGUACAUGCUGAAUCUACUUUCUGUGACAUUAAUUUAUGAAACCUGUCAAAAAAUUGUCACCGUCAGAAAUAAUUUAGAUACUGUUCCACAUGAUAUGCUGCAGUCACUCAUAGAUGCAGAAGAUGAGUCCAUUGUAGAAAUGAAAAAACUUCCAGACAAUUUUGUUGUUGCAAAUGCGAUGAUGUUUGUGGUUUUAGCGUAAUAAUCUUCAUAAAAUUGUUUAUGUUCUGUAGAAAACACAAAAAAUAAUUGGUUUAAUAUAGAAUUUCUAAUAACUUUCUCAGAAAUGACACAAGUGUUACAAUGGGCUGGUGUAUUAAACAUCUUGCUGGUAAUCAGUGUU